GCUUUUAGUGAAAUGUGUCCUGAUGACAUUUCUUUGCUAUUCCUCCCCAUAUUUGGGAGAGUAACAACCUUUAUUAAUGGAGAGACAGCCUGGGGUCGGCCACUGGAUCCAGUCGAUCACUUGUAAAGGCUGACAGUCAAAGAGUACAACACCUAAGACAAAAAGUACAGGUGCUUCAGGGUGAAAGAACAACUACUUCACAACAAAGAUUCAAUCUACGGACUCCAGUUGAAAGGCUGAAAAAUGGGUGACGCCGCCAUGGCGGAGUUCGGGGCAGCUGCUCCCUAUCUGAGAAAGUCAGACAAGGAGCGUCUGGAGGCUCAAACUCGUCCCUUUGACAUGAAGAAGGAGUGCUUUGUACCUGAUCACGAGGUUGAGUAUGUCAAGGCUUCCAUCACAACUCGUGACGGUGACAAAGUCACUGCUGAAACUGAAUUUGGGAAGAUCGUUACUGUGAAAGAGUGUGACGUACACCCUCAGAACCCGCCUAAGUUUGAUAAAAUUGAAGACAUGGCGAUGUUCACCUUCCUCCAUGAACCUGCUGUGUUGUUUAACCUCAAAGAGCGUUACGCAGCGUGGAUGAUCUACACCUACUCCGGCCUCUUCUGUGUGACCGUUAACCCCUACAAGUGGCUGCCAGUCUAUAACCAAGAAGUGGUUGUUGCCUACAGAGGAAAGAAGAGGAGUGAAGCUCCUCCUCACAUCUUCUCCAUCUCUGACAACGGCUACCAGUACAUGUUAGCAGACAGAGAAAACCAGUCAAUCCUCAUUACUGGAGAAUCCGGAGCUGGAAAGACUGUCAACACCAAACGUGUCAUUCAAUACUUUGCCAGCAUCGCGGCUGUUCCAAGUGCCGGGAAGAAGGAAAGUGCUCCAGAAAAGAAGGGCACCCUGGAGGAUCAAAUCAUCCAGGCUAACCCUGCUCUAGAGGCCUUUGGUAAUGCCAAAACCAUCAGGAAUGACAACUCAUCCAGAUUUGGUAAAUUCAUCAGAAUUCAUUUUGAUAAUCGAGGGAAAUUGGCUUCUGCUGAUAUUGAGACGUACCUUCUGGAAAAGUCUCGUGUGACCUACCAGCUGAAAGCUGAGAGGGACUAUCACAUUUUCUACCAGAUCCUGUCUCAGGCAAAGCCUGAACUUCUGGAAAUGUUGCUAAUCACCAACAACCCCUAUGACUACGCCUUCAUCUCCCAAGGAGAGACAACUGUAGCAUCCAUCAAUGAUUCUGAAGAGUUGAUGGCCACUGAUGAUGCGUUUGAUGUGCUGGGAUUCACUCAAGAAGAGAAGAACAGUAUUUACAAGAUGACUGGUGCCAUCAUGCACUUUGGAAACAUGAGGUUUAAGCAGAAGCAGCGAGAGGAGCAGGCAGAGGCUGAUGGCACAGAAGAUGCUGACAAGGUUGCAUACCUGAUGGGCCUGAACUCUGCUGACCUCAUCAAAGGUCUCUGUCAUCCAAGAGUCAAAGUAGGAAAUGAGUGGGUCACCAAAGGUCAAAAUGUCGCUCAGGUGUACUACGCUGUUGGUGCACUAUCAAAGGCCGUGUAUGAGAAGAUGUUCCUGUGGAUGGUGAUGAGAAUCAACCAAUCCCUGGACACCAAGCAACCUCGGCAGUACUUCAUUGGUGUGCUGGACAUCGCUGGAUUUGAGAUCUUUGAUUUCAACACCUUUGAGCAGCUGUGCAUCAACUUCACCAAUGAAAAAUUGCAACAGUUUUUCAACCAUCACAUGUUUGUGCUGGAGCAGGAAGAAUACAAGAAAGAGGGCAUUGAAUGGACUUUCAUAGAUUUUGGAAUGGAUUUGCAAGCCUGUAUUGAUCUCAUUGAAAAGCCCAUGGGCAUCAUGUCCAUCCUUGAAGAGGAGUGCAUGUUCCCCAAGGCCACUGAUACCACCUUUAAAGCAAAGCUCUAUGACAACCACCUGGGAAAAUCGGCCAACUUCCAAAAACCCAGGAUUGUCAAAGGAAAAGCAGAGGCUCAUUUCUCCCUCAUUCAUUAUGCUGGAACUGUUGAUUAUAAUAUCAAUAACUGGCUGGUGAAGAACAAAGACCCCCUGAAUGAGACUGUGGUUGGCCUUUUCCAAAAGUCCAACGUUAAACUGUUAUCCAUCCUUUUUGUUGGAUAUGCUGGAGCUGAUUCAGCUCAUGAAUCUGGUGGCAAGGGCAAAGGUGGCGGCAGUAAGAAGAAAGGUUCAUCCUUCCAAACUGUGUCUGCAUUACACAGGGAGAACCUGAACAAGCUGAUGACCAACUUGAGGUCUACUCACCCUCACUUUGUGCGCUGCAUCAUCCCCAAUGAGACCAAGACUCCUGGGGCCAUGGAGAAUCCUCUGGUGAUGCACCAGCUACGCUGUAACGGUGUGCUGGAAGGUAUCAGGAUCUGCAGAAAAGGCUUCCCCAACAGGAUCCUCUAUGGAGAUUUCAAACAGAGAUAUCGGAUUUUGAAUCCUAAUGCCAUUCCAGAGGGACAGUUCAUUGACAACAAAAAAGCUGCAGAGAAGUUGUUAGGCUCUCUGGACAUUGACCACAGCCAGUACAAACUGGGACACACAAAGGUGUUCUUCAAAGCAGGACUACUGGGUCAGCUCGAAGAAAUGCGUGAUGACCGAUUAGCACUAAUCAUCACUUCCAUUCAAGCACGCUCACGGGGCCUUCUGGCAAGAAUUGAAUUCCAGAAGAUUGUUGAAAGAAGGGAUGCACUAGUUGUAAUCCAGUGGAACAUCCGUGCCUUCAUGGGGGUCAAGAAUUGGCCCUGGAUGAAGAUGUACUUCAAGAUCAAACCUCUGCUGAAGUCAGCAGAGACUGAAAAGGAGAUGGCCAACAUGAAGGAAGAGUUUACCAAACUGAAAGAGGCCUACGCAAAAUCUGAAGCCCGAAGGAAAGAACUGGAAGAAAAAAUGGUCUCUCUCCUCCAAGAGAAGAAUGACCUGCAGCUUCAAGUUCAGGCUGAGCAAGAUAACCUGUGUGAUGCUGAAGAAAGAUGUGAGGGGCUGAUCAAGAGCAAGAUUCAGCUGGAGGCCAAAAUGAAAGAGCUGACAGAAAGACUGGAAGACGAGGAGGAGAUGAAUGGAGAGCUCACUGCUAAGAAGAGGAAGCUGGAGGACGAGUGCUCAGAACUGAAAAAAGACAUUGAUGACAUGGAGCUGACUUUGGCCAAAGUGGAGAAAGAGAAACAUGCCACUGAAAACAAGGUGAAGAACCUGGUGGAGGAGAUGGCAGCUCUGGAUGAAAUAAUUGCCAAGCUGACUAAGGAAAAGAAAGCCUUACAGGAAGCUCAUCAGCAAACACUGGAUGACCUGCAGAGUGAAGAAGACAAAGUCAACACUCUGACCAAGGCCAAGGUUAAGCUGGAACAGCAAGUGGAUGAUCUUGAAGGGUCCCUGGAACAGGAGAAGAAAAUUCGUAUGGACCUUGAGAGAGCAAAGCGGAAACUCGAGGGAGACCUGAAGUUGGCGCAUGAGAGCAUCAUGGACCUAGAAAAUGACAAACAGCAACUUGAAGAGAGGCUUAAAAAGAAAGAUUUCGAAAUGAGCCAACUGAGUGGAAAAAUAGAAGAUGAACAAGCAAUGAGUGCCCAACUCCAGAAAAAACUGAAGGAGUUCCAGGCUCGCAUUGAGGAGCUGGAGGAAGAGCUGGAGGCUGAGCGAGCCGCCCGAGCCAGGGUGGAGAAGCAGAGAGCAGACCUGGCCAGAGAGCUGGAGGAGAUCAGCGAGAGACUGGAGGAGGCUGGUGGAGCAACAGCAGCUCAGAUCGAGAUGAAUAAGAAGAGGGAGGCUGAGUUCCAGAAACUGCGCAGAGACCUUGAAGAGGCCACUCUGCAGCAUGAGGCCACUGCUGCUACACUCAGGAAGAAACAAGCUGACAGCGUGGCUGACCUGGGAGAGCAGAUCGACAACCUCCAGAGAGUCAAGCAGAAACUGGAGAAGGAGAAGAGUGAGCUCAGACUGGAACUGGAUGAUGUUGUCUGCAAUAUGGAGCAAACCACCAAGGUUAAGAGUAAUUUGGAGAAAAUGUGCAGGUCUCUGGAAGACCAGAUGAAUGAAUACAAAACAAAGUCAGAAGAAGGGCAGCGUGUCAUCAACGACUUCACGAUGCACAAAGCAAAGCUUCAAACUGAGAACGGUGAACUUUCCAGACAGCUGGAGGAAAAGGACUCCCUGGUGUCUCAGCUCACCAGAGGAAAACAGUCCUACACACAGCAAAUUGAGGACCUUAAGAGGCAGCUGGAGGAGGAAGUCAAGGCCAAGAACGCAUUAGCUCACGCAGUGCAGUCUGCACGUCAUGACUGUGACCUCCUCAGGGAGCAGUUUGAGGAGGAACAGGAGGCCAAAGGGGAACUGCAGCGCGGCAUGUCCAAGGCCAACUCUGAGGUGGCUCAGUGGAGAACCAAGUAUGAAACCGAUGCCAUCCAGAGGACUGAGGAACUGGAGGAAGCUAAGAAAAAGCUGGCUCAGCGUCUGCAGGAUGCCGAGGAGGCCGUUGAAGCAGUGAAUGCUAAAUGUUCCUCUCUGGAGAAGACCAAACACAGGCUGCAGAAUGAGAUUGACGAUCUCAUGGUGGAUGUGGAGAGGUCUAUUGCUGCUGCUGCUGCUCUGGACAAGAAACAAAGGAACUUUGACAAGGUCUUGUCAGAAUGGAAACAGAAGUAUGAGGAGUCUCAGGCAGAGCUGGAGAGCUCUCAGAAGGAAGCCAGGUCUCUCAGCACUGAGCUUUUCAAACUCAAGAACUCCUAUGAAGAAUCUCUGGAUCAUUUAGAGACCAUGAAGAGAGAGAACAAGAAUCGUCAGGAGGAAAUAUCUGACCUCACCGAGCAAAUCAGUGAAGGUGGAAAGAGUAUUCAUGAGCUUGAGAAGAUUCGGAAGCAGCUUGAGCAAGAAAAGUCGGAGAUACAAACAACUUUGGAGGAAGCAGAGGCCUCACUAGAGCAUGAGGAAGGGAAGAUUCUCAGAGCACAACUCGAGUUCAACCAGGUGAAGGCUGAAACUGAGCGCAAGCUGGUUGAAAAGGAUGAAGAGAUGGAGCAAGCCAAGAGAAACCAACAAAGAAUCGUAGACACACUUCAAAGCUCUCUUGAGGCAGAGACUCGCAGCAGGAAUGAGGCACUCCGUUUGAAGAAGAAGAUGGAGGGAGAUCUCAAUGAAAUGGAGAUCCAGCUCAGCCAGGCCAACAGGCAGGCAGCUGAGGCCCAGAAACAACUGAAAGCUGUUCAUGCACAUUUGAAGGACACUCAACUGCAGCUUGAUGACUCCCUUCGCAGCAAUGAUGAUCUUAAAGAGAACAUCGCCAUUGUUGAGAGACGCAACAACUUGGUUCAGGCUGAACUGGAGGAACUGAGGGCUGCUCUCGAACAAACUGAGAGGAGUCGCAAACUUGCUGAACAAGAACUGCUGGAUGUCUCUGAGAGAGUGCAGCUGCUGCACUCACAGAACACCAGCCUGAUAAACCAAAAGAAGAAGCUGGAAGCCGAUUCAGCCCAGCUUCAAAGUGAAGUGGAAGAAGCAGUGCAGGAGUGCAGGAAUGCUGAAGAAAAGGCCAAGAAGGCCAUCACGGACGCUGCCAUGAUGGCAGAGGAGCUGAAGAAGGAGCAGGACACCAGCGCUCACCUGGAGAGAAUGAAGAAGAACAUGGAGCAAACCAUCAAAGACCUGCAGCACCGUCUGGAUGAAGCUGAACAGAUCGCCAUGAAGGGGGGCAAGAAGCAGGUCCAGAAGCUUGAGGCCAGGAUAAAAGAACUAGAAAAUGAAUUUGAGGCUGAACAGAGAAAAGCCAGUGAUUGUUUGAAGGGAAUACGAAAAUAUGAGCGACGAAUCAAAGAGCUGACCUAUCAGACAGAGGAAGAUCGUAAGAAUCUUACUCGCCUGCAAGACUUGACAGACAAGCUGCAGCUGAAGGUCAAAUCUUAUAAGAAAAUCGCUGAGGAUGCUGAGGAACAGGCCAACAUGCAUCUUACCAAGUUCCGUAAGCUGCAACAUGAGCUUGAUGAAGCUGAAGAGAGAGCUGAUAUUGCUGAAUCUCAGGUCAACAAGCUGCGUGCCAAGAGCCGUGACGUGGGGUCCAAGAAGGGACAUGAUGAGGAGUGAAGCUCAUGGAAAGAAUUGGUAUUUCUGAGGCACCGGUUGGCUGAUGAUCUGUGUCUCCCUAAGCAUGCUAAUUGUUGAGUACAAUAAAAAUUUAUCUGCAUAUCA